CGAGAUUUUUGCGCAGCUUGCGCGUCGCGUCUUGCGCAAGCAAAAGAUGCGGAACACGUAGCAAGCAUCCGCAGCGGAUCGCCUAGUCCAUUUAUCCGGCUGCCCUGCGCCGUGCAGCCGCAGCACGCAUCGAUUUACCAGCGGGUGACAGAGGCCAGGGUCAGGGUCAUGCCUCGGCUGCGCGGCGCGGCCAUGCUGCUCGUCGUGACGGCGGCAGCCAAUACCACAAAAACAAACCAAACCAAGAGCCUCGCGGCCGUCGUCGAGGACGCCAUGAAGGCCUCAGUCAAGCAGUACAAACAGGUGAAGACAAAGGAGGACGCGGCACAAAUCGUGCGCGACAUCUUUUCCGUACCGAGCAAGGAGGAGACGAACCUCGGGAAAAUCCUGAUCCUGAACGGGAAGGUGUUCGCCAAUAGGCACGAGGGCAAGGUCUACGGCCACUUGGUCAAUACGGCGCGCGCCCUGAUGGAGAAAAACGACGUGGGCAACCUGGCCUACCUCCACGAGUCGGGGGCCUCGGGCCGGUGCGCCACGAACCAAACCGGCAAGAAAAUUACAGAUUUACCAUCGACGUUGAUCGCGCGGGACGGCUACUCUUCUUCUAGGUGUGGUGUAUUGGUGCCGAACCCGUAUUUUGGCAAUUUUGACCACCGGCAAGGGGAGGACGACCGGCUCCUGCGCGCGGCCGCUUUAAAUGAAUACGACGCGCGCACACCUAGAGCGUUCUGGCGCGGCCACCUCCGCCAGAUGCGGUCCGUGCAUACAAAGGAGGGCGUGUUGUACGACAAGAACGAGAAGCCUUGGAAGGUGCACCGCUUCUGCGAGCGCGAGAACGGCAACAUCGCGCGCUUCCAGGGUUUUUUGUUGACAUUACAACGGCCCCACCUGUUCGACGUAAAAGCCCAAAAGAUCGAUGGGGAAAAUCGGUGGUUUACCCCUUCAUAUCUGCGCCGGCACAACUGCACCCGCGGCCUCUUUGAUGAAAUGCGGCCGGGCUACCUUGAAGAAUUACUAGCGAAAUUCAAAAACGGGGGUGCGCAGGAGGCCAAACACACCGCCCCCGUCGACUACGCCAAGUACAGGAUCCUGGCGCACUUCCCGGGCGGCACGAGCGGAUCAUAUAGCAGAAACCUGAACCACCUCUGGGCCAUGGGCGCGCCGGUCAUGAUCUGGGACCACCCGGCCCAGGAGCACUACUACGCCGCCCUCGAGGACGGCGUGACGCACGUCGUGUUCAACGCGACGACCGCCUUCGGCGUUGCGGAGCACCUUAUAAGGCACAAAAGAGGUUUCACAAAGCGACUGCGCGAUGGGGCUGCGAGGGUGCAGCGGGAGCUAACCUGCGCUCAAUGUUUGAACCGUUAUUUCCUUGCGACCCUCGCGGAGCUGCGGCAACGCUUCCGCGGCGACCUCGCGCUGGGCAGCCGCGAGGCCGCGCGGGCGACGCUCCGCGGCGUCAACUGCUCGGGCCACGAUUUGGUCGAGUACGUGGCCGACGACCGGAUGACGAUGUCCACAAAAAGUACGGACCGGGGCAUCCGGUCGCUGCCGCCGGCGACGACGCGGGCGGAGAAGGGCGAGGACCCGCGCUGCCUCGCCGUCCUCGACCGCGCGUUCGGUGUGUGAGUUUUCGUGUAAGACAGAGUUCAUGUUA